AGCUCUGCGGAGACGGGAAGGCCAGUCCAUGGCAUCUUGAUAUUAAAAACCGUGGGCUCUGCUGCGCAUUCCUCACCGACCGUCCUUUUUCCCCUCCUGCGGAGUGGAAAGGAUUAACUUGGCCAUAUAAAGGAGGCGAGGGAGGGAAAUCUUACCCAAUAAUUCAGUCUGAACAGAUUCUGUUUUUUUGGGGGGGGGAUUCGUGUGUGUGUGUGUGUGUGUUGGGGAGAGAUCAUUAUUGGACCUGCGAUGGACUCCAGCGCGGGGGAACAUGGCAUGGCUCGACUUGGAUUGUUUUUGGUUUUGAUGCUGGGGCUGAUGUGGAGAUUUUGCGAUGCCUGCCCCGCAUCCUGCACUUGCAGCAUCUCAAGGAUUGUUUGUAUUGAUUCCGUGCCGGGGAUCGAGGAUUUCCCCGUGCUCACGUUGGAUGACAUGGAAAACAUCACCGAGAUAUACAUUGCAAAUCAAAACAGACUGUUUGACAUGAAUGACAACAGUUUGAGACACUACAUAAACCUCAGAAACCUAACAGUGAUAAACACCAGAUUGACAUCGAUAUCAUCAGACGCAUUUUUCAACAAUACAAGACUUCAAUAUGUAAAUCUCAGAGACAAUAAUCUAUCGACACUGUCAUGGAGAACAUUUCAGAACUUUAACAUAACAUUACCGCUCCUUCUGUCUGGGAACCCUCUGGAUUGUGUUUGUGAGAACUUGUGGAUCAAACUGAGGCUCCAAGAGGACAUAGACGGCCAAGAUCUGAAAUGCAUGGACGAUAGAGGAGAGACGACGGCCUUCGCCACACUCACUCCACUGGAUUGUGUGGUUCCCAAAGUGGAGGUCACCCCCAAAAUUGUGACCAAGAUGCAGGGGAGUAACGUCAAAGCUGUGUGCACCACCUCAGGUUCCCCUCUCCCUGAGAUCCUGUGGAACCUGGAUCUGCUCUCCACACACCAUGAGAUCGAAGCAAAGGAAACAGAGAGCACCCUCACCUUGUCAGGCCUGUCUCCUGAAGAUAAUGGCAGGGUGAUCAUAUGCAGUGCCGAGAACAUGGUCGGUCAGAUGGAGGCCACCCUGCAGCUUAACAUUCUCUUUGCCCCCACCAUCCAGCAGCUGCUGGGUCCGGAGCAGAACCACCACUGGUGCAUCCCCUUCAGCGUGACGGGGAACCCCAAGCCCGAGCUGCAGUGGUACCACGAGAACAUGCCCCUCCAGGAGCAGGACUACAUCCACACGCAGAUCCACCUGUCCACUGAGAGCGAGGACCACGGCUGCCUGCAGCUGGUCAACCCCACGCAUAUUCACAAUGGCAUGUACAGGCUGGUGGCAAAGAAUAAAUACGGCCGAGACGAGAAGAAGGUCUCUGCACAGUUCAUCGAACCACCUGAGCCAGAUGAGAUCGAUGAGUUCUAUAAUAUGGAUUCCCCACUGGGCGACAGUGUUGCUGUGUAUGUAGUUGUGGGAAUUGCAGGAGUUGCAUUGACCGGCUGUGUCCUGAUGGUGAUCAUUCUGAAAUGUGGAAGAAACUCCAAGUUUGGUAUUAAAGGCUCCUCCUCAGUCAUCAGUAAUGACGAUGACUCCGCCAGCCCUCUUCAUCACGUCUCCAAUGGCAACAACACCCCGUCGUCCUCGGAGAUGGGUCCAGACGCAGUGAUCAUCGGGAUGACAAAGAUUCCUGUCAUUGAGAACCCACAGUACUUCCGUAACUCCGGCAGCAUGCUGAAAUCUGACACGUUUGUCCAGCACAUCAAGAGACACAACAUCGUCCUGAAGAGGGAGCUGGGAGAGGGCGCCUUCGGGAAGGUCUUCCUCGCUGAGUGCUACAACCUGACACCAGACCAGGAGAAGCUCCACGUGGCAGUGAAGACCCUGAAAGAGGCCAGCGAGAGCGGCCGAGCAGACUUCUACAGAGAGGCCGAGCUCCUCACCAACCUGCAGCACGAGCACAUCGUCACCUUCUACGGAGUGUGUGUAGAGAGCGACCCCCUCAUCAUGGUGUUUGAAUAUAUGAAACAUGGUGACCUCAACAAGUUUCUCAGGUCUCACGGUCCUGAUGCAGUGCUGAUGGCAGACGGUCAACACAGUAUCCUGGUGGAGCUCACCCAGUCCCAGAUGCUGCACAUUGCCCAACAGAUUGCGGCUGGCAUGGUCUACCUGGCCUCUCAGCACUUUGUCCACAGAGACUUGGCAACCAGGAACUGCCUGGUCGGAGAAAACCUGCUGGUCAAGAUAGGAGACUUUGGCAUGUCCAGAGACGUUUACAGCACAGACUAUUACAGAGUGGGCGGUCAUACGAUGCUGCCGAUCCGCUGGAUGCCCCCGGAGAGCAUCAUGUACCGGCGGUUCACCACGGAGAGCGACGUGUGGAGCCUAGGGGUGGUGCUGUGGGAGAUCUUCACAUACGGCAAACAGCCCUGGUACCAGCUCUCCAACAAUGAGGUGAUUGAGUGCAUCACCCAGGGCCGUGUGCUGCAGCGGCCCCGCACCUGCCCUAAAGAGGUGUACGACCUGAUGCUGGGCUGCUGGCAGAGGGAGCCCUACAUGAGGCUCAACAUCAAGGAGAUCCACAGCAUGCUCCAGAGCCUCGCCAAGGCCUCGCCCGUCUACCUGGACAUUCUGGGCUGAUGCACCAGCGUGUCAUGUAUGUUCUCUGCGUGCAUGUGGGCUUCGUGAGUGUUUUCCGUGUGUCGGUGUGUUUGACAUGAAACGACGGAGAGGAGGAAGAGAAGUGUGUGUGAGUGUGUGUGUUUGUGUACAUCACAUGGCUGUAAAUGUUACUGUAAAUGCUCUCGUCCUCAUCACAUCAAGAAAAGCCUUAAAUCUCCAGUGAUUUUAUUUUUGCUUUUUCUGAACUUGUCCAUCUGCAGAUGUUACCGAAGCAUGUUUCACAAACGGAAACCAAAAUGUAUACAGGAUCAACAUCAUCAAUACUACAUACAUACGAUACAUAUACAUAUGAUACAUAUACAUACAUAUA